AUGGCUCAACCAACAACGAAUGGAACAACAAAAAAGAGACGAAAGGACGAUAUCAAGUCUUUUGAAAGAGAUGACUUGCCCGCACUAGGAAAUUUGGACAUAGAUUCAGACGACCAGGGUGCCUCCAGCGGUGACGACGGUGAAAUGGACGAAUUUCCUGAACUUGAUACCGAUGAUUCAGAUGAAUCUACCGAGGCAGAGCAAGAUGAGGACACUAAAGGGACAGAAAACGAAUUAAAAGCCACUCAAAAGCCAGGAGAGCUGGUGGUGUCGUCUAUCACAGGACGUUUAAAACGUGUAUAUCCAGAAAUUGAACCUGAAUAUGAUUCGGACUCUUCUACAGAAGAUGCAAUGUGCCUUCUCACUGGUAUGAUGACUUACCACAUAUCGGGUAUGAUAUCAAUGGCCAAAGAGUGCUACGACCAGCUAAAGGCGAUGAGCUGGACAAAUUUCUCCAGACAGAAGAAAACCCUGAAAGCUGGAGAAAACCCCGAUGCUGGUUACGACCCCUACGAACCAACCGUGGAAUGGUUCACCGGAAAGGGAAAAGAGGAGAUAAUGCCUCUCAGUGCAGCCCCCGAACCUAAAAGACGGUUCGUCCCAAGUAAAUGGGAAAAGCAAAAA